AUGCGCUCUCUCACACUCUCUCACGUGCUCUCCCACACGCUCUCCCAUGCCACUCUCACGCGCUCUCUCACGCGCUCUCUCAUGCGUUCUCUCGCGCGCUCUCUCACGCGCUCUCACACGCGCUCUCUCACGCGCUCUCUCACACGCUCUCCCACGCGCACACUCACGCCCUCACUCACGCGCAGACUCAUGCGCUCUCUCACACUCUCUCACGUGCUCUCCCACACGCUCUCCCAUGCCUCUCUCACGCGCUCUCUCAAGCGCUCUCUCACGCGCUCUAUCAUGCGUUCUCUCGCGUGCUCUCUCACGCGCUCUCUCACACGCUCUCUCACGCGCUCUCUCACGCGCUCUCUCACGCGCUCUCUCACGCGCUCUCACACUCGUUCUCUAUCGCGCUCUCUCACGCGCUCUCUCACGCGCUCUCUCAAGCGUUCCCUCACGCGCUCCCUCAAGCGUUCUCUCAUGCGCUCUCUCACGCGCUCUCUCGCGCGCGCUCUCACACGCUCUCUCACGCACACACUCACGCCCUCACUCACGCCCUCACUCACGCGCUCUCUCAUACGCUCUCUCACGCGCUCUCUCACGUGCUCUCCCACACGCUCUGCCACGCGCUCUCUUACGCGACCUCACGCGCUCUCUCAUGCGCUCUCUCACGUGUGCCCUCACGCGCUCACUAACGCGCACCCUUACGCGCUCACUCACGCGCUCUCUCACGCGCACAAUCACGCACUCUCUCAUGCACUGUCUCACGCGCUCCCUCACGCGCUCUCUCACGCGCUCUCUCAAACGCUCUCUCACGCGCUCUCUCACGCGCUCUCUCACGCUCUCUCACGCGCUCUCUCACGCGCUCUCUCACACGCUCUCUCUCGCGCUCUCUCACGCGCUCUCUCACGCGCUCUCUCACGCGCUCCCUCACGCGCUCUCUCAAGCGUUCCCUCAUGCGCUCCCUCACGCGCUCUCUCACGCGCUCUCUCACGCGCUCUCUCACGCGCUCUCACACUCGUAUCUAUCGCGCUCUCUCACGCGCUCUCUCACGCGCUCUCUCAAGCGUUCCCUCACGCGCUCCCUCACGCGCUCUCUCAUGCGCUCUCUCACGCGCUCUCUCACGCGCUCUCUCACACGCUCUCUCACGCACACAGUCACGCCCUCACUCACGCCCUCACUCACGCGCUCCCUCACGCGCUCUCUCACGCGCUCUCUCACGUGCUCUCCCACACGCUCUGCCACGCGCUCUCUUACGCGCUCUCACGCGCUCUCAUGCGCUCUCUCACGUGUGCCCUCACGCGCUCACUAACGCGCACCCUUACGCGCUCUCUCACGCGCACUCUCACGCGCUCUCUCACGCGCUCUCUCACACGCUCUCUCACGCGCACUCUCACGCGCACAAUCACGCACUCUCUCAUGCACUCUCUCACGCGCUCUCUCACGCGCUCUCUCAAACGCUCUCUCACGCGCUCUCUCACGCGCUCUCUCACGCUCUCUCACGCGCUCUCUCACGCGCUCUCUCACACGCUCUCUCUCGCGCUCUCUCACGCGCUGUCUCACGCGCUCUCUCACGCGCUCCCUCACGCGCUCUCUCAAGCGCGACGGCGGGGAGGGAAGGAGAGGCGACGGCGGGGAGGGAAGGAGAGGCGACGGCGGAGAGGUGGGAGAGGCGACGGCGGAAAGGAGGGAGAGGCGACGGCGGAGAGGAGGGAGAGGCGACGGCGGAGAGGAGGGAGAGGCGACGGCGGGGAGGAGGGAGAGGCGACGGCGGGGAGGAGGGAGAGGCGGCGGCGGGGAGGAGGGAGAGGCGACGGCGGGGAGGAGGGAGAGGCGACGGCGGGGAGGAGGGAGAGGCGGCGGCGGGGAGGAGGGAGAGGCGACGGCGGGGAGGAGGGAGAGGCGACGGCGGGGAGGAGGGAGAGGCGGCGGCGGGGAGGAGGGAGAGGCGACGGCGGGGAGGAGGGAGAGGCGACGGCGGGGAGGAGGGAGAGGCGACGGAGGGGAGGAGGGAGAGGCGGCGGCGGGGAGGAGGGAGAGGCGACGGCUGGGUGGGAGGGAGAGGCGACGGCGGGGUGUUAG